AACAGGCCACAGUUGUCGCCAUGAUAACACAGUGUAGUUACUGAGGAGUGACAGUGUGGUCGUCUCCUUCCCUGCUGCAGCAGUCAGUCACGUCUUGAGAAGGUGUCCAACAUGCUGGUGGAGGCUGUGGUGUGUGUGGCUCUGGCCCUCCUCCUCUGGCACUACUUCAAGGUGCCCGCUGGCAUGCCCCCGGGACGAUGGGGCCUUCCUCUGAUUGGCUACAUCCCAGUGACUAUGAAGUCCCUGUCUGAACACCUGAGCUACAUGCAUAAACAAUAUGGUGACAUCUAUGUGUGGAGGAUGGGGACCCAGGUGGUGGUGGUCCUACACGACUACCUCCUGGUCAAGGAAGCACACAACAGGACCGAAGACUUCGUCGAUAGACCCAACUGGAAGCUACUCAACUUGGGCUCGACAAAGGAAGUUGGUGUGAUAGGUAGCAAUGGGUUUGUGUGGCAGAAGAAUAGGCGGUUCACCUUGCGUCUACUGAGGGAUAUGGGGAUGGGCAAGUCGCUCCUGGUGGAGGCUAUUCAACACCAAGCCUCUAGCCUGGUUGAACAGCUCAAGAAACAAGCCAACAGGCCGGCGCCUGUCCCGCACGCCUUGCAUGUAGCAGUGGUUAAUGUUAUCUGGCAGAUGGUCAAUGGUAAACAGUUUGAACAUCAUGAUCCAAGGUUGGAGAAGUUUCAAGAGCUCACUAAGGACUUGCUGAAGGCCUCAUUCCGGCUGGGCCUGACGGACCUGAUGCCCUGGCUGGAGAAGGUCCUCCCGAGGACCUUCGCAAGGUCCUUCUUCCGUAGAGACUUACUCGAAGACAUGAAGAUAAGAUUCACGAAGUACUUCAAUACCUUGAUUGAGGAGCACCGAACAACGCUGGACGUUAACAACCCUCGGGACUUGAUUGAUGGUUACCUGAUUGAGAUUGACAAGAGGAAGGACGAGCCUGAUGAUUCCUUCAAUGAGUACGACCUGAGCCUGCUGCUGGUGGACUUGUUCCUGGCUGGUAGUGAGACGACCACCACUAGUAUGACCUGGCUGUUCUGCUACCUGGCUAACUACCCCGAGGUACAGAACAAGCUGCAGGCGGAGAUAGACCAAGUGCUGCCACAGGGAACACUGGCCACCCUCGACGAUAAGCUCAGGAUGCCCUACACAGAGGCGGUCAUCCACGAGGUGCUGAGGAAGUCGUCCCUGAUCGCCUUCGGGGUCCAGCACCUGGCCACCAGGGACACGACCCUAGGGACCUACACUAUCCCCAAGGGUACUGUGCUGAGCACCGCACAGGAGUAUAUCCACCACGACCCCCGCUACUGGGACCGUCCUGAGCAGUUCCUGCCUGAGCGCUGGCUGGACCAAGACGGCAAAUUCGUGGCCAAGAAGGAAGGCUUCCUCCCCUUUGGCGUCGGGAAGCGGUCGUGUCUUGGGGAGGGUCUAGCCAGGAUGGAGCUCUUCAUCUUCACCACCACAGUCUUCCAGAGUCUCAGCUUCUCUGCCCCGCUCAACAAGACUGUUGACCUCCACUACGACCGGGAGGUGUUCUUCACUCACGCCCCCAAGACCCAGGACCUCCUCGUCACCAUCAGACCUACAUUCUGAGCUCUUAUAUGAACUCUGAGCAUCUUAUAUAAGCUCUGAACACUUUAUAUGGGCUCUGAACACCUUAUAGGAGCUCUGAACACUUCAUAAAAAGGUGUUAAGAGUUCAUAUAAACUCUGAACACCAUAUAUGAGCUCUCAACACCUUAUAUGAGCUCUGAACACUUCAUAAAAGGUGUUAAGAGUUCAUAUAAACUCUGAACACCAUAUAUGAGCUCUCAACACCUUAUAUGAGCUCUGAACACUUCAUAAAAGGUGUUCAGAGUUCAUAUGAGCUCUGAACACCUUAUCUCUUAAGCCCGUCCUUUGCUGUUGUUGAAGUAAUGAAGAAAUGCAAAAUAAAGCUGUAAAAGCCUU